CUUAACAGUCCGGUAGAGACGUGUAGCCGCUUUGUGUUCGGGAGUUGCGGUUUAAUCGGAAUAUACAAACUCCACUGGUUACUCUGUCAACAGGACUAACCAAACAAUAGAAAAAAUGUCACGUUUCUUAUACUUAAUUCACCGAAAUCCCAGAUGAUUUAUAAAUAAGGCUCCACUGCACGGGACUAAGCUACACGCCGCGUUUGAGGAGCUAAUGAACAGACAUGUGUCUUCAAGCCUGACUGUAAUGUCAUCAUUAAAGCGAGGGUGGCCUAUGCUUUCAUUACCGUUAAUGUUGCCCCUGUACACCCCACGCAGCGUAUCCAUGGCCUCUCGGAAGCAGAAGCGAGUGUUGCGAUACGUGGAGGAAGGCAGCCUGCUGAAGCUGAAAUCCUAUCUGCGUAAACACCCGGAUAUUGAGCUGAAUUUCACGAAGGGGAGUAAGGGACGCACCCCUCUUCACUUGGCCUGUUCGCUGGGGGACGAUGCUGUGCUCAGGCUGCUGUUAAAAUGGGGCGCAGACCCUUUGAGCAAAGACCGCAAAGGGGAUACCCCGUUACACCUGGCAGCGAACAGGGCACUCAAGCAUGGCAAGAGGGCCUAUGAUGACCUGGUGGUCCCUUUAAGAAAAAGCUGUCCUGUUGCUAUGGAGACGCCAAAUCGAGCAGGAGUAACACCUCAGGAUACACUGCAGUGGAUGAAAGAGGAACAGUUCCAGAAGUCUCCAGGAAGGGGAGAAAGCUCAAAAAAGGCAGAUCCAGAAGAAGAGUGGCGCAGUAAACUCUUUGGAGAAUGCCAGGAUGAGUUCUUUGAGACUUUUGGGCAGUACGAUGAAGAUUUCUCCCGGGAGGAGAGAGAGUCAGAGAAUUUUGGUGACUGGGCCGACCGCAUCAGGCAGGAAUACGGUCGGAAACGAACGCAAUCUGAGCGGGAGGCGGCUAGAGCAGCUUCUGGGAGCCAGAAAAAGAGCUGGAAAAAAGAGUCAGAAUCCGAGGCACAGAGCCGACGGGAAUUCCAGGCUAAACUGGAAGCUGAACAUGCAGUUUACUUGGCCCGUGCUGCCAGAAAGGAGGAGGAAAUCCGUAAGGGGAAGAAGGAGAGAUAUGAGGAAAAGUGCACAGCUACUUUCCGGGGGGAUUCAGAAUCUCGGCUUGGCUAUUCAGACAUUCCCUGGCCGUCUCCUCUGGGCUCUGUUCAGGAGAUGGUGGCUGUGAUGCUUCACGGAGUGGAUCGUGUCAAUAAGGCCGCCUUCAGGAAGUUUGUGAUGCGACAGCAGACUCUUUGGCACCCAGACAAGUUUGCGCAGCGCUGUGGAGCUCGUUUAGAGGAAGGCGAGCGAGGCAGGAUCCUGGACACGGUCACUGCGCUCUCGCAGGAGCUCAACAAGCUAGCCGAGAAUGCCAAGUGACACCAAUGUGCAUGCGUUUAAUAAAGGGUUGAUUUUUCCAAUGUGAUGUGUUGUGAGUCUUACUGCUUACUUGGUUAGUGUCGAGUGGUUUGACUAAUUAUGUGUGAUUCAGAUCUCAGUGUUGCAUUGUUUGAACAGUGUUGCAUUCAUCCUGAACUUAUGCACUUGGCUUUUUUGUGAGACAGCAACUGAUAUUACUCUCUUAUAUUUAAAGGGAUCAUUUACAUUUCCCUGAUAUUUAACCUUACUUCUAUGAUAAUACUGUAUGCUAAUAAAAUUGGCUGAUUCUCUGGUGUUUCUGCUUAGAUCAUUAAUUGCCAUGCUUG